UAACUGCUAAAAAGGCACAAAACUGAUCUUGUUUAUCAAAAAGUUUUGGAUAAAAACAUGAAACAGUUCAUCAAAACACGCUGAAAGAAUAACUCAUAUUACCCACCAGCACCUCUUACUGCCCCCCUUCAAAGCGACCUUGAUCUGGACCUGGACCUGGACCUUGAUCUGGACUUGGACCUGGACCAAGCUGCUGGUUAACGUGAAUGGAGGCGCAGUGAAAUCGUCUUAACCUCUGACAGGGUUGGUUUGUGAGAGGAACCGAUAGAUCGACAUGUCGGCUCAGUCCGCUCAGACCUCUCCUCCGAUCGAUGGUAUUGAUCCGCCUCUCGGAGCAGCGGCCCCCCACAUGUGCUGCUGAUAAAGAUGUGGAGUAAAUGCAGCACAACAAGCAGACAUGUCUGAACGUGUCUCUCCGACACUCAGAAACACUGAACAUUUCUCCGCGCUCACAGUUUUUUACUUCUUCUGUGGUUUUGUGUGUCUGCGCAGGAUGAAUCUGUGGGAGGUGGCCGAGGCGCUGAAGAGCUACGGAGUCAUCAACGCCAUCAAUCUGGACGGAGGUGGGUCGUCCACCUUUGUGACCGACGGCACGUUGGCCAGCUACCCGUCUGAUCACUGUAAAUCAGACAGCAGGUGGCGCUGUGCUCGGCCCAUUUCCACCAUCUUGUGCGUUCACCAGCGGCGCUGCCAACCAGCGAACUGCAACGGACACGGAGACUGUGUGGACGGACGCUGUCGGUGUCAGGAGGGCUGGCAGGGCGCCGCCUGCGACUCUCUGGUGUGUCAGCCGCCAGCCUGCGGCCCGCACGGCGUCUGCACCGCCGAUGGUUGUGUCUGUGAUGCUGGAUGGAGAGGAAAGAACUGCAGCCUGGAUUGCCUCCCGGGUUUCUAUGGUGACGGCUGCAAUCAAACUUGCGCCUGUGUCAACGGCGGCUCCUGCGACCCCGUCCAUGGCCGCUGCACCUGCCCCUCUGGUUUCCACGGCAACACCUGUGAACAAGUGUGUCCGCUGGGGUUCUUCGGUCCGUCCUGCGCUCAGGAGUGUCACUGUGACGACCGCUGCCCAUGUGACCCGCAGACAGGAAGCUGUAACGCCACGCUGCCAGCAGAGACCAGCCACACCUUACACACAGCUGGACGGUGUCUUGCCAAACAGAUGUUUACGUCUUGGAGACGGGACGCAGAAGCUCGCCGAGAGCAGCCUCAUCUGACAGAGUGAGUGUCAAAGGUCACACAAACAUUUGAACUUUUCACCUCUGCCCUCCAGAGCUGUCUGCUAUCCAUCUCUGUGUGAAUAAUAUCAGAUCAUAAAAUCAGAGACGGAUCUCUUGAUACGUGCCUUCUCCCGGCGAUGUGUGACACUUUAACCCUGUAAAUUGGACCCGUUGCUAAAUAAAAAAAGAC